AAAAAGCAGAGAGAGGAUGCUAUACUGCAAGAACAGCGUUUUAAGAGUUUGCAACACCAGUUUUGGCUUUUGCAAAUGGAAGUGCAGGCCAGAACCACCCCACUUCCAGAGCCCACAUCAACUGAUCCAGAGCCUGUUGAAACUCCAGCUGAUUAUCAGACACAAGCAACAUCUCAGCAUGAGGGUUCUGGCUCAGCCUCCAUAUUAACAGGUCAGUCUGUGCAUAUUCAUCAUCCUAAACUGGAGAAACUAGCUGUUGAAGAUGAUGUUGAACAUUUUCUGACCACUUUUGAGAGAACUGCAGCUGCUUGUCGCUGGCCAGAGUCAGACUGGAUUUUCCACCUCAUUCCUCUUCUGACUGGUAAGGCUCGAAGUGCCUAUGUUAAUAUGGAUGUGGACGAUUCACUGCAAUAUGAGAAGGUCUGGAUUAAGGAGCAUAAUCCAAAGUCUGCUGCAGAGGCCGCCACCCUGGCUGAUGUGUUUGUAACUGCUCGAAGUAAGAGUCAGCCAUGGAGCAACAGUGCAUGGAAGGCUGCCCGAGAUUCGUGUCGGUCGCAACCCCCUCAGCAUCCUCAGAGGGUUGGAUUCCCACAGGAGAUUUUGACUGACCAAGGCACUAAUUUUAUGUCCACACUAUUGAAACAGGUCUAUAAGCUGUUAGGCAUCAGGAGUGUGCGGACAACCCCUUAUCACCCACAGACAGAUGGACUGACGGAGCGCUUCAACCAAACUCUCAAACAAAUGCUCCGAAAGUUUGUCAAUGAUACAGGGUCUGAUUGGGACCAGUGGCUGCCAUACCUCCUUUUUGCCUACAGGGAAGUUCCUCAAGCCUCCACUGGCUUCUCCCCAUUUGAGCUUCUUUAUCACCAUGAGGUGAGAGGCCCAUUAACCCUGCUGAAGGACUCAUGGGAGGGAGAGCAAGGUAAAGAGGAAUCGGUCAGUGUUAUUUCAUAUGUCAUUCAUAUGAGGGAAAAGCUUCAGCAGAUGAGUGAACUGGCACAGAGCCAUAUGGCAGCUACUCAGAAGCAACAAAAGACUUUGUUUGAUAGGAAAGCUCGCCACAGGAGUUUUGUCCCUGGCCAGAAGGUUUUGGUAAUGUUGCCAACUUCUGACAGCAAGUUGCUCGCAAAGUGGCAGGGACCCUUUGAAGUACAGACGAAACUUGGACCUACUACCUACAAAGUUUCCACACCAGGUCUCCAGCGAGGGAGUAGAGUGCUCCAUGUUAACCUUCUUAAGGAAUGGAUUCCACGCACUGAGAAUAAAACAGAGGGGUUGCUUAUUCACAGCGUGGAUGAGGAAGAAGUUAAUGACUACUUGCCUUCAGUAACAGCCUCUGUCCUGGACCUGAGCCAUCUCACCAGUGAGCAACAAUCUCAGGUAACACCUCUGAUUAAUUCAGACAUAUUUCAAAAGUACCCAGGUCGCACCAGUCUGGUGGAGCAUGACAUUGUUUUAAAACCUGAUGCAGCUGUGAAGCGUAUGAGUUACAGGAUACCAGAACGUUUCCUGGUGGAGCUAAAGGAGGAGGUGGACCUCAUGCUGUCUCUUGGAAUCAUCCAACCUUCAACAAGGAUACUGGCAAGUACCUCUCACUAAACAGUCUCAAGAGUUGACAGCAUUCCGUACUCCGUGGGGAUUGUUCGAGUUCACAGUCCUGCCAUUUGGUCUGCAUGGGGCCCCAGCAACAUUUCAAAGACUAAUGGAUAAUAAUAAUAAUAAUGCAUUGGAUUUAU